AUGAAAUCUUGCUCUGGUGCUGCCUGUCACAGCGGUACAGACGGAAGGUUAGCACAGUUUCAUCAAGAUCGCGGGAAGAGCUCUUCGAGCACAACCACCAGAGAUGCUGCAACCUAUCGCGGCAAAACUGCUCUUGCAGUCAAUGGUUUUGAACAGUCUCGAAAGAUCAACUUUAAAGGCAAAAUUGGGGAUUCUAACAUUUCACUCAUCUCGAACGGAUUCUAG